UAUUUAUUAAUAUUUACGUAUCGACCAUAUUCUAUUUUUUGGUGGACCGCAUUCCCCUUCUUCUCCUUCUAACCCAACCUGUUUCUCCGACAAUCACAUUCAACGCUUCUGUCAUGGAAGAAGUUAAUGAUUCCAAUUUUGUUGGUGGAUGCGGGAUUUGUACGAUUAUGGAUUUUUCAUGCCCACCCUUUUUAUUUUAUCGUCGUGGAAACUAAGGAUGGAACUGUCUCAGUAGCUGCUGCGUUUGCUGGUCACCAGGAAGCCGUGCAGGAUAGAGACCACAAAUUUUUAAGCAAAGCAGUUGAAGAAGCAUAUAAAGGGGUAGAUUGUAAAGAUGGAGGCCCUUUUGGUGCCGUUAUAGUUCAUAAUGAUGAAAUAGUUGCUAGUUGUCACAAUAUGGUUCUGUGUAACACAGACCCAACUGCUCAUGCUGAGGUGACAGCAAUAAGAGAGGCUUGCAAGAAGCUUAAGCAGAUAGAACUUGCUGAUUGUGAAAUAUAUGCUUCUUGUGAACCUUGCCCCAUGUGCUUUGGUGCAAUCCACCUUUCUCGAAUUAAGAGGUUGGUUUAUGGAGCGAAGGCCGAGGCAGCAAUUGCUAUUGGGUUUGAUGAUUUCAUUGCCGAUGCACUGCGAGGUACUGGAUUCUAUCAGAAAGCAACAUUGGAAAUUAAGAGAGCUGAUGGUAAUGAGGCCAUCAUUGCUGAAGAGGUUUUUGAGAAAACAAAGGAAAAAUUCCAAAUGUAUUAGAUCUGUGAUUCUUUUCAUAUCUGAUGGCAACUGGCUAUUCAGGAUUAUUGCCUUCAUUUAAAUUAUUGAAACUGUUGAUAGUGGAUUGAACUCAUUUGAGUACAACAAAUUAUAUGCUACAAUUUGGUUUACAUCAGAUAAUGACUAUCCCAUUGUCAAUCAAUUCUAGUACACAUCUUGACACAGGAGGAUAUUUAAUACAUUGCUUUACUCAUUUAUUA